AACACUGUGACUUGUGACUGAUUUAUGACUAUGAUUGCAGAAGAAAAUAAUAGAAAAUGAAUGACUUUUGGGGUUGGAAGGAAAAUCAAUGGUAAAGGCAGCAGGCAUGGCAUGACAAAAAAGUCUCAAUUUCUCAAACAAAGUUUUGAAAGGAAAAGGACAUUCACAACUCACUUCACAAACUGCGAUCAAGUGAAGCAGCCAUUUCCACUCCCUUCCAUAUCACAUUCACUUUUUGACAAGCUAGAUGAGUUAAUUAAGGCUUUGCCUGGGAACAAUAAUGGAAGGGAUGAAGCUUAAAAGGUGGCUCGUGAGUGUUUUGUUCCUCAUUGUUGCCACAGUGAGCAAUGCAGCAGGUGCAUUUGUGGGGGUAAACAUUGGCACUGAUGUUACUGAUCUUCCAUCUGCUUCAAACGUGGUUGCUAUUCUAAAAGCACAUCAAAUUACACACGUGCGUCUGUACAAUGCCAAUGAGCACAUGCUACGAGCCCUUUCAAACACUGGCAUUGAAGUGAUUGUUGGUGUCACAGAUGAAGAGAUAUUAGGCAUUGGAGAAUCUGCAUCAGUUGCUGCAGCAUGGAUUAGUAAGAAUGUGGCGGCAUACAUGCCAUCCACUAACAUCACAGCAAUAUCAGUAGGCAGUGAGGUUCUCACCUCAGUCCCAAAUGUUGCACCUGUUCUGGUUCCUGCCAUGAACCAUCUUCACACAGCACUUGUUGCUUCAAACCUUAACUUUCGCAUUAAGGUUUCAACGCCGCUGUCCAUGGAUAUAAUUUCUAGGCCUUUUCCUCCUUCUACAGCCACCUUUAACUCCUCAUGGAACUCCACAAUCUACCAACUCCUUCAGUUUUUGAAGAACACAAAUUCCUCUUACAUGUUAAAUGCGUACCCUUAUUAUGGAUACACUAAAGGAGAUGGCAUUUUCCCAAUUGAAUAUGCUCUAUUCAGUCCCCUCUCUCCAGUGAAGCAAAUUGUUGACCCGAACACACUAUUCCAUUACAACAGCAUGUUUGAGGCUAUGGUGGAUGCUACCUAUUAUGCCAUAGAAGCCUUCAAUUUCAAUAAUAUACCUAUUGUUGUCACGGAAACUGGUUGGCCAAGUUUUGGUGGAGCAAAUGAACCAGAUGCAAGUACAAAGAAUGCUGAGACCUACAAUAACAAUUUAAUCAUGAGAGUACUCAAUGGUUCAGGUCCCCCUAGCCAACCAAAGAUAGCCAUUAAUACCUACUUAUAUGAAUUAUUCAAUGAGGACAAGAGGAAAGGUCCUAUAUCAGAAAGGAAUUGGGGUGUUUUUUAUGCUAAUGGAAGUAGUGUUUAUUCCCUGAGUUUUAGUGCUGCCAACAUGAGUAAUGCAAAUUCUCUAGGAUCAUUUUGUGUGGCUAAAGAUGAUGCAGACACUGAUAAAUUGCAAGCUGGCUUGAGCUGGGCUUGUGGACAAGGCCAAGCUAACUGUGUAGCUAUUCAACCAGGGAGACCUUGCUAUUCCCCCAAUAACGUGAAGAGUCAUGCCUCUUAUGCUUAUAAUGAUUAUUUUCAAAAAAUGCAUAAUGCUGGUGGAACAUGUGACUUUGAUGGUACAGCUACAAAAACUACUGAGGAUCCCAGUUACGGGUCCUGUAUAUACGCGGGAAGUGCUAACGCAAGCAUUGGUGGAAGGAGUUCAUCUUCUACAGCACUUGGACUUGGACCUGUAAGUCCAAUUGGUGCUAGUUUGAACUUGCAAGUGUCCCCCCUUCAGUAUUUGACAUCGUUUAUUAGUGUAAUUUUAGCUCUGGUGUUGUCUUGACCAAAAAGGUCACACGGUUUUAAAUUGCAAUUUCAUCGAUUGUUUUUCUGGUCUAUACUUUUUGUUCACAGCUCUAUGUGCCAUCUUUUAUGGUCUAUUUGGGGUCAUUGUAGCUUAUAUUCUCUAGGUAGGUAGAUAGUUGGAGAAAUUUAAUUCUUUAGAUGAAGAAGACAAACCAUUGUCAUUUUGUUCACAUACCAAUGUAGUCAAUUUAUGAGUAGUGAGUAAUGUCAUUUCUACAUGACUUUCUCCA